CUGUCCAACAUGGAGAAGGUGGAAUUGGAUGUUAAGAACCUGCAGCAGGAGGUGGAGCUACUGAACAAGCGGAAGAAAUCAGUGAAUGCAGAGAUUGUUGCUGUCCAGGAGGAUCUUCAAGGGAAAAAGGAAGAACUGGAAGCACUGAAAAGAGAACUGAAUGACUCGAGGCAGCAGCUGCACCUUGUGGCACAGGAUUUGGAGAACAACUCCAGGCAGCAGGAGGAGCUGCUCAGAGAGCAAGCAGCCCUGAAGGAAGAGAUCCGAGGGUAUUUAAGGAAACGUAAGGAAUGCCAGGAGAGGCACAAGAGGAGGGAGAACCGACUGCAGCAGCUCCAGAAAAAGAUUGAAGAGAAGGAAACAGAACUCGCCCAACAGGAAUUGGUUCUUCAUCGCCUCAAGCAAAACUCAGAGCAUGAAGGGAAGAAACUGGAAGAAUGUGCAGCUAAAAUGAAGGAUCAGAAAAUCCUAUUGGAAAAGGAACUAGCAGAUCAACACAAGAAACUGGAGCAGGCAAUAGCUCAAGUCAAGCUGGCAGAAGAGAGCCUUGAGAAGCUGGAAGAGGAGGAAUCCCAGUGUGCAGCUCUUGAAGAAACCAUCAGAAAAAGCAAACAUCAGCUCUCAGAAAAAGAAUUACAGUUACAACAAAAAGACAGAGAAAUACAGUGUCUUCAGAAAGAACUGGAGGUCUCCAAGUGUGAGCUAAAGCAACUUCAAGGUCAGAUAGUGUCAGAGAGGAGAGAAGCAGAAAAACAAAUCUUGAGUCUGAGAGAAACACAGAAAAUGCAAAGGCUGGAGCUUGAAAGCAAACUGCAAGAGCAGAAGCAUGGAAGUGGCAGCUUGCAGAGUGCCAGGGCUGUGCCUGAGCUCCUCACCCACAGCCACUGCCCUCGAGCCGAGCGCCUCGGGGGGGACCUGGGCCAGAGCCAGGUUAAAACCCAAGACCUGGAAGAGAGACAAAGGGAAAUGGAGAGUGCAGCAACCUUGCUUAACCUGGAGGUUGAAAAUGAAAUUAGGACUGAGUUUAAAUCUUCACGCUCACCUUCUCCAGACCCAUUGGAAGAUUUGGAAGCAUCAUUGGAAGCAAAGAGGAGUCUGCAGUGUGAGAGUGAUAACUCAGAGACUGUUCCCUUCACUGCUGCUGACAGACAGCUCUUCUCCUUGGAAGAAAAGUUCAAUAUUUCCAGAGUCUUCUUACUGGAUGAGCAGUGGCGGGGAGAAGCGCUCCGGGAGAAGCUGCAGCAGCAAGAGGACAGGCUCAAGGCACAGCUGCGUUGCUGCCUGGCCAAGCAGGCCGAGGUGCUGCUGCAGGGGAAGCGGCAGACGGCCGGGAGCCUGCACAGCCUCCAGCGCCAGCUGCAGGUGCUGGACGACCUGGUCAGCAGCCCUGCUUCAGAUUCCUUCUUCCUGCCCAGCAGCCCCAGCCUGGGUGUAGCAAAAGCUCAGGUCCCCGGCAGCCCGGGAAGUGCAUUGGGAUCACCAGUGCUGCAUUCCAGCUCCCAGGGAAUCUCUUGGUGAUGGUCAGAGGUGAGAGGUGGCUUCACACCAGUUCCAACAUCCCAGGAACACGAGUGGC